AAAUUCUAUACGAAGCUUUAUGGAUUAUGCAUUUGAAGGAACUCCUCGUCAGGCAAAAUUUGCUGCUAUUAUAUUAAACCACGUUCCUCGUAAGGAGGAAAUAUGCAGUGAUUUAUUAAAAGAAAUCGUUCCAAAACUUUCACUUACGUCACAACAUCUUUUGGCUCACCUCUCCGCUCUCAGUCAAUGUGCCCUUUUUUCUCCAGAGACGUUUGAGGAAGAAAGCGAGGCCACAACUAAUUUCAUAAUUAAGCAACUCAUCAUGAAAACUCAGCAAAAGACAACUCCUGACUCUGAUAUUGAUUGGGUUGAUGACGAUGAACUCAAUGACGAGUGCAAAGCUAAGGUGUUGGGUUUGAAAGUACUUGUUAACCGCUUAUUAGCUGUUAGUAAAACAGAUGCGGCUGUGGAUUUGGCUAAACCGGUCUUUAAGUUACUUUGGACCCUGAUCCGGGAAGGUGGUGAACUUCUUCCGGAUAAGUCAACUAGUCCAUCCUUCCAAAGUCGAUUGCGUCUGGCUGCGGCUCGUUCUGUGCUGAAACUAGCAAAACAGAAAAUUUAUGAUUCGAUGAUUUCCGUCGCCGAAUUUCAGGAGCUCGCCCUAAUGAUCCAGGAUUCGUGUUACCAAGUGCGCUUGGCGUUUGCUUCGCGACUUGUUAAAUAUUGUGGUGGAUAUCAACUUCAUGCUCGAUUUUUGUCCAUAUUCUUUUUGGUUGCACAUGAUCCGAUGAAUGAUAUUCGGGAAAUGGAAAGUGUGAAAGUAUUCUUGCUUAGACAGUCACGAAUCUCAAGGAAAAUUCAUGAGGAUAAUCCUAUGCUUUUCGAGAUGUCCUUAGUCCGCUUAAUAUAUCUACUUUUACAUCAUCCCGAUUUCUCUUGUGAACCUGAAGUUCUUGGCGAGUUUACAGUGUAUAUCAAUUUCUUCUUGGAUACUAUUGCAAACUCGGAAAACGUUUCUUUCCUGUUGUAUAUCGCCGGACGGUUAAAACAAGUUCGUGAUGCACAAUCUUUGGAUCAGUCCGAGAAUUUAUAUAUACUAAGCGAUAUAACUCAGUAUCUUAUACGGGCCAAGAGUAAAACAAAUUCGUGGUCAUUACCCGCAUACCCAGGCCAGGCAAAAUUGCCUGGCGAUUUGUUUAAAAACCUUCCUAGUCCUGAAGUCAUCACCGAGUCUAAAGUAAUUAAGAAAACUCGUAAAAAGUCUUCUGGUCAGUCACCACCAAAAAGGCGUAAAACCGGUAAAAGUACUUCGGAAAAACCACAGUUGGCCAUUAGAAAAACGGCACCUAGGGCUGCCAAGUCUAAAAUUCC